UUCAGCAGUCCACAUUCGAACGUACGAAAGAACAAACGAGCAGAAGGUUUUUGUGCUGGAAUUUAAUUUGUUAGAGAAAGAAAAAACAAUAAUAGAGUUUUGCUUUCAUUCCAAACAAAAUAAAGUGGAUAAAAACUAGAUAACCGGUCGAACGCAUGGUGUUUAAAAUAACUGCGCCAACCUAAAUAAAACGCAUAAAGAUAUUGUGUGUGCUGCGCUGGGCGUGCGAGGCGCAGCAGAAACAGUUUUUUGUGGUUGGUUGCGUAAAAGUGACUUGCGCACAUAAUGGAAGACCUCACCAAAAACAUAAUAUUCACAAACGCCAUCAACGGCCAACCGGCGACCAUACAAUACCAAACAGCAGACGGCACCAUCCUCAAGCAACCCAAAAUCGAGGGCCAAAAGGCCGACCAACAGCCCACCUUCUACUACACAACAAACGGCAAUGGCGGCACUGUAAAUUUAGCACAGUUGGCAACCACGGACGACAAUAAGACGUGCUACAUUGCACAGCCAGUGGGCGGCUACAACUACGCAUUGGUCAACGGGAUGCCUUUGAAUCAGGGAACAGCUCUGGGAAUAGCCACUGUGGAUGCACAGGGACGCAUACAGAUUGUCAAUCAAAAUAAGCCCAUUGCGGCGACGAUUUCACCGCUCCAAAACACAAUAUCGAACAUCAGCUUCAAGUGUGAUGUUUGCUCGGAAAUGUUUCAACAUUUGGCGUUGCUCAAUGCGCACAAGCGAAUGCAUACUGAUGGAUCAGAUCCGCAACAGCAUAACAACCAGCAGUCUUCGGAUGCCAUAACGGUAGUUAAUGCCCAGGGUCUGGUGCAGACGCAGAAUAUUCUCACCGGAAAUGGACAAAUGGGCCAGAUACAAAUCGUAGCUUCCGAUACACUGGAACCCGUGCAGCAAUCUGUUAUGCAACAGCAGCAACAACAACAAUCGUCACAGCAGCAACAGCAGCAACACGAUAACUCUAAGUCGAGUAAGUGCAUCAAUUGCGGCAAUCCCAUACUGCAUCAGUCAAAGCGUAAAGGACCCAAACAGGUGCGCUGCGAAUCCUGCAUGCAGGCGGAGCAAGCUGCGCAACAACAAAUAUUUGUAGCCCCUGAUGGACAAAUGACGCAUCCUGUGCAAAUCAUAUCAACCACACCACAGGCUCAGGCUCAGCUUCAGCAGAUUGUCGCCCAACAAACGGGCGGCACAACGCCCAAACGUGAACCCAGCUCUUCGGGUCAUCACCCGGUUAAGAAACGCAACAGCCAACAAAUGACUAAGUGUCAAAAGUGCAAUGGAUCCGGCGUAGUCUUGAUGGGUCAACAGCACACACAUCACCACACCGGCGCCGGUGGUUCUGUUAAACAAAAUACAGUCACUGUAAAGACCGAAAAUCCCAGUAAACCGUUCAGCUGCAACAUUUGCGGCGGCCUGUUUUCACGCUACUCCAGCCUGUGGUCACACAAGAAACUCCACAGUGGAGAAAAGAACUACAAGUGCACCAUCUGCGGGCUGGCUUUUGCCAAGGCUGUCUACCUGAAGAACCAUGCGCGCAUACAUACGGGCGAAAAGCCGUACAAAUGUCAAACGUGUGGCAUGCAAUUCUCGCAGUCGCCGCAUCUCAAGAAUCACGAGCGUACGCACAGCGGCGAGCGCCCGUAUGUUUGUGGAGUGUGCGAUAAGGGCUUUGCGCGCCAUGCCACGCUGUGGAACCAUCGCCGCAUUCACACAGGUGAAAAGCCAUACAAGUGUGAGAUAUGCGGUUCGGCUUUCUCACAGGCGGCACAUCUGAAGAAUCACGCCAAGGUGCACUCUGGCGAAAAACCGUAUAAAUGUGAAAUAUGCUCAGCAGCGUUUGCUGACCGCUUUGCUUUGAAACGUCAUCGUGGCAUACAUCAGAAGUAUGGGCAAACGGCGCCCAGACAACCGGCCGGUGAUGGCAUGGUUGUGCACAAGCAAGAACUGCCCGACAUGGAUGACGAUGCACAACAGGAGGUUAUAAUCGGUGGCUUAUAGAUAAGAGCAACCAGUGCCAAUGCCAAGAAGAGCAGUACAGCAACAACUGCGGCAACGGCGGCAGCUUAUUCAUCAUCGGGCUCGGGCUCGGGCUCGGGCUCGGGAUCCGGAUCGGCAGCAUUUCCAACGCAGCCUUAUCCGGGUUAUUACUAUCAGAUGGCUGCGACACAGGAACAACAACAACAACGGCGCUCAAAUCAGUCGCCACAGCACAGCGCCGCAUUCAGUGCUGCAUCGAACUACUGAACUGGCGCCUGUACAUAAACGAGGCGGAGGAGCAUCGUCAUCAUCACCAUUACCAGCUAGGCACCAUUAAUGUUAUACAUAUUAUUAUUUUUUUAUACCGUAGUUUUUUUCACGUAGGGCUCCACAAAAUUGGGCUUGGAGGCACUAGAAAAUGCGCCGCCAAGAACGCUUUUUUACGUUAAACAAACGAAAUCAAUCGAACCUAAUUUAUUCAUAGAAUGUAACAUAGAUACGGCGCAAUGUGUGGUACAUUUAAGUGUUAUAGUCUAUUUCCGUAUACAAAUUGUAGUUGUAAUUUACACGGAUUUACAUAAGCGAGGGGGCACGAUAGCCACAUCAAAAGCAAAUACGUAAGAAUCUACGCAGGCAUGUACUAUAUACAUUAUAUACACACCCGAACAAUCGGUAAAUGUAUAGAGAUAUGGAUAGUACAUUAAUUCGUUU